GAGUUACCAUUUGUAAUGAACAUAAAGCACUCGAACGUAAACACGCGCGUCUUCGUAGAAAUAUUUAAUGAACGAUCAACGAAAACUCAAAACAUAACUUGGACGAUGCAUGAGGAAAAAAAAACAUAAACCGUUUGUAUUUCUUUUUUCUCUUGUUGUUCUUCUUCUUCUUUUCUGUUUGAUUGAAUGCGUACGAAUGCCACGAACAAAUGUAGCAAGCAACGCAGAGUGUACGUGUUAACCUAUUUUACCAAGUUUUUGACUCGAAUGCAAGCGGGUGUGUGCGUGUGCGUGUGCGUGUGUGUAUUGGUGAAAAUUUGUUGUUCGCACAGACCACUGCAACGGCUUCAAUUCAUUUUUUUCUUCUCUGAGCUGUUCGUCGAUAUGUUAAGUGAAACGUAAAUGCGUCAAUCAAUUCAACUCUGGUACGGAAAGAGUAUUCUAUUUCAACUCAAAUAUAAUAUUUCAAAACAAUUAAAAUGGAUUUUUUUGAACAAUGUUAAUGAGUAAAAGGCAAAAAAUCGUUGUGAUUCUAUGAAGAAGCGAAGAGUAAAUUCAAUGGUUUUCAUUGUGCAUUGAACGCGUCCAUUUUUUAGCAGUUUUAAUGGGUGUUCACAUAUGUGUAUGUUUGACAUUCGCAUAGACAACGGCCGACGUUCCCGUACAAUGUGAGUGUGUGUUUGUUCAAUGAACUCUAUAUUAUGUGAUGCCGUAUUCCGCUGGCUGAAAUAAAAAUCCGUACAACAACAGAGAGCAUCGAAACGUAUGUAUACACACGAAUACGUAUAUUCGGUUGUUGUGUGCAAAUGUGUGUGCGUGUGCGGUGUUCAAAGCAACAACAGCACAAAAAAUAAUGGCCGAUUGUAUGUCAUGAUGGAACAAUAAGAGAAGGAGCCUAUCAAACAACCAUGCAAAUACGAAUUCAUUUCGUCGACCAAAUUACACACAAAAAUUCUAGUGAAAUAUCAAAUACAAUUGUUGAACGUAAAUUAACAAAUAGUUUUCCCCAAAAAAUACUUUAUUGACUACAUCGUUGCUGUUCACAUCGUCAACCAUAACAAGAAUUGAACAUUGACGAGUAAGUGGUGGGAACAGUAACGGAGCACCGCGACUACAAAAAACAUAAAUAAUGACUUUGCUUAUCAUACGGGCGAAUUUAGAGAAAAAAGCCGUUUGAAUGUUUGUCCCGAUAUUAUGGUAUCUCCCUCAAAACCACAUCAUUCGAGAGUCGCCAGCCAAGGACAUUUACAUAAAUGUAAAUUAGUUAAGGGACCCAAACCAUUGACGCAUUUUAAAUUUUAUUUGGAUAUUGAAAAGCAUCAUAUUGAGAAUAAAAUUGAAAAAUCGAUCAGAGAACUUGGCGGCUCAAUCGAAUUUUUUCUGGCGAAAAAAGUAACACACUUCGUCACCGACAAGCCAAUCGAUCGAGAUGGUAAUUUAUUGAGCGUUAGCAAUCACUACUUGUCACCGUCAUCGUUGCUUUUAUCGGCACAAACAAAAACCCCGUCACCGGCUCAAACAAAACCAGCGUCCAUACAAUCGUUGCAUGAUUUAAAUAUCAGUGAUGAAAAGCAGGCAGCCGCGGCGGCAGGUUCAAGACCAAAAAGUCGUGCAGAUGCAAUGGUACAAAGGGCACGUACUACAACGCAACCACUUGACAGUAAAAGCGUUCAAUGUGCCUCUUCGCAAUCCCUAUUGCAAAAUCCAAUGCAAUUAGCUCUCAACUGGGGUACACCGAUUUGGAACACCGACUAUACGUUAAAAUUUUUAGAAAAAGUCUCGCUCGCGCUUAAACUUGAGAAUCCAGCAACACGCACCACAUCAAGUACAAAAUCAUCGCAUCAUCAUCACAACCACCACCACCAUCACAAAACUGCAAACGUUAAGCAUUUGAAUGGUGAAUACAUAAAAAUUGAAUCGACACAGAAACAAUAUCGUCCAUAUUAUCAGGAGUUUAGCAGCUGGCCAUCAAUCAAUUUUGAUUGCACCUUGUGUCCAUUUCAAACGCGAAGCGAUAAAACAAUUCCGAAAACAAAGAAUUGUGACAAUCCCAACGCCAACGCCAACGUCAAUCCAAAACACACGAACGACGAUUCGUUGGCCAACGUGAAAAUCAAAGCUCCGUCGACGAUCAACGCAAAAAGUAUCACCGACGUAACAGUGGCUGGUAGUGUACAGAUAUCAAUUCUAGCUAAAAACAAUAUAACAAACAUAAUUGAAAGUACAAUGACACGUAAAACCCGAAAUAAACAAGUGCGCGAAGCAGCCAUUGAUGCGUGUAGCAUUAAAACCAAUAACGAUGAUGUCAAACCGAAUUCCGAGAAAUGUGGAUAUUGUGAAAAGUGCCGCGUUGAAUAUGAUGUAUUAGCAUUGCAUCUACAAUCGAAAGAACAUUUGAAUUUCGUGAAAAACAAUGACAAUUACAUAGCUCUGGACAGUUUAAUAAACAGUGGAGCUACAAAUGUGGAAAACUUUUUACGAAUCAAUAGUGGUCAAAUGAUUAACGAAACUGAACGGAAUGGUAUGCAUAGUCCGCGCAAAGAUUCACUAAUUAGUACGCGUGUUAAUUAUUUGAGUCACACCAGUUUUGCGGAGCAUAAAAGUGAUAAUAAUGACACUUUGGCUGCUGCCGCUAAAUCGCACAAGCAAAUGAAUGGCAUUGUGCAGCGCAGUGAUGAACUGUCACCAUCGAAAGUGAACAAUGUCCGAGAGAGGCUACCAAAGUACUCACCGCCAAUCACACGACGAUCACAAACGAAAAAUGCAAUACAAGCGAUUGUGGACGAUCAACCGAUCACGGAUACAAUCAACGCAAAAGUUCCACCGGAAAAACUCAACAAUUCCACCACCGUCGACUUUCGAGAUGACGAACUGAAUUUCAUUUCAAAAGCAGACAACGAUGUUCAAACCAAAUCCCCUUCAAAACAAGGCAAGGUAACAACCAUUAAUGGUAGGAAGAAAUGCGAUGAACAACAACCGACGGUAGUGAAUCAUAUAAACGAUGAAUCGCCGGUGUUGCCAAAGCGUUUAGUCCGAGCAUUCCCGCGUUACAAAGUCAUUGAUGGUGUACCGAAAGCAACGAAUGAACGAGCCGCAAAGCAUACAAAAUCGAAUGCCCUCAACAAGAGCGCUGAAUUGAAUGCGAUAGAAAAAGAGUUGGCCGACGAUGAUGAAAAGGGCAUCAAAGACCCCAUCACCGGGCUUAUAGUUAAGUUUAAGCGUGUCCGCGAAUCGGAAUUAUCAAAACUCACAUUUGAGGCGGACAAUUUUAUGUUUCCAAAACGCGAAGAGCUGCCAACCGAUGAGGAUCGUCAGAGUACAUCGGAAGUUGAUGGUGAUGCCUCGUCGGAAAUACUGUCGAGCGAUGUGAGCGGCCUUCUUCGCGAUACAUCGCUGAAUAACACAUCGCAAAACAGUAGUUUGAAUUUUUCCACCGCAAGCGAUCAGUUCACGAGUAGCGGACGAAGGAAAAAGCGUCGUACUCAAUUUGAUAAUUUUAAAAGUCCAGCACAAACGAAACAGAAAUUUCGAGCAUCCCUCAUUCAAUCACGAUUGAAUUCCGCAAAAACAGUAACACCAACAACGCCAGCCACAACGAAUGGAUCUCAAAUCCCGGUCAAACCAUUGACUGGCCGGGGUGCGAAAAUAUCAGCCGCUAAAAUAGCAGCAGCUGCGACAGCAGCAGUAAAGGGAAGACGAGGACGAGGUCGAGGCAAAAAGCAACGAAUGUCCACGUCAACCAAUGUUGCGAUUGAGGCACAAGCUGAUAAUUCGCUCGAUGAUCGAAUGGGGGAGAAUACUUAUAUUGGCGGCAAACUUUUAGCCACAGAUUAUUUUCAAAAUUUGAAAUUUUCAUUCGAACGGGUCCCAUCGAACGAACCAUGGUAUCUGACAUUUCAACGACAGGAUGAACAUCGCGAACGAAUGUUCGAGUAUUGGGGAAAUACAGCGUACCGAAAGCUUCCAUACGAACUCGGACCACUGCCUCCUUUAGAACCGGAUUGUUGUCUGCUCAGCAAAUUGACAGCAAUCAAAGCAAGCAAACAGCAAAGGAACCGACGCUCGACUAAAUCAAACGUACACGUUCCAGUUGAAGUAACCAAUACAAAAUUAACGACAACAUCCGAGGAAAAUGCGGUCUCAAGUAGUAACAGUACAACAACCACAAAUACUCCAUCGCAAAAAUCGAAUACCAUUUCACGAGCAUGCGACGAGAGUGACAAUGAUCGAAGGCCUCAAACCAGUACCUUGUCACAAUUGCUUUUAGCUGAUAGUUCAUUAAAUAGUAUUGCAUUGCCGUCGGCAAUAUCAAAUAAAAAGAAAGCCGUGCUGCUUGAUGCAUUUGGUCAGCCGCGAAAAUCGCCCAGAGAGCAUGCAUCGACACUGGCCAUUCUCAGUUCACUGGUUCAGCAACGGCGGAAACGAAUUAAAGAAAUGAAUGGCGGCAUAUCACCGGAAAAAAUGCCCAAUUAUAAAGCGGCUGUUGCGGCGGCCAUUGCGGCUCAGCACAGUGCUGAUGUCAGUGAAAGCGAAGAUGUGAUGGACGAAUGUGAGUCUCGGCUACAAAUCAAAGCCACCACCGAAACGGAUGUGAAACCAAUGUCGAGCCGUCGACGAUCAAACCAAACGCCAGUAUUCGAAAUAAACAAAGGCACCAUUGUCGAUGCAAAUGUUCAACAGUCAAAUGGCGGCUAUCAUUCAAUGGAACAAUCUGAUAAAAUAUUCCGUUUGCGCAAAGGUAAACGACGUCAAACGGAAAGUGUGAGCAGCAACAAUGAGUCCAUUUCGGGUAAAAUGGAUAAAACCGAUAACGGCACUGCCAAUGACAAAGAUGACAAAUCGAAAGACCAUGUUGACAUACCGAAAAUGCCAGUCGACGAAUAUGUUGACCCAAAUAAAACGGCCCGUGACCUCGAUGACCUACUAUCAAACUGUUAUUUGGACGCGGACAGCGAUUUAAAUCACAUACCCAUCGAUUGUUCAGAUCUCAUUCUAGUAAAUACGUCAAAAGAUUUUGUGGAAAUCAUUGAAUCUGUGAAAGAUGGCCCGCUCACCUAUCGCAGUCUGCAGCGCGGCAAGAAACGGCACAUCAACAAAACUGGAUGGCCAUCAUUGCCGAAGAAACGCCUACCAAAACGUGAAAAAAUCGACGAGAAAGACGAUAUAGACGAAUCGGCAGUCUCUGAUGUGCAAAAUUGCGAAAGUUGUCAUUCGGACACGGAAAACGAUCUGAACGAUGUGCCCAUGGAUUGUGAAAAUGAUAAUUCAAAUCACGUAUUAGAAAAAACGCCCAAACACGAUGCUGACGAUACGGUUGAGUCGUCGGCGAAAAAUAGUCCAAUACCGUUCCGCAGUGUAACGCGUCGUAAAAGACGUAACACCAACAAAACUGGCAGCACGAUUCAUUUUAUAGAUGAUGAUAAUGAUGAAGAGAAGAGCCGAGCUUUGCGACACGAUCGCCGUAAGAUCCGAACACCAUUUUGUGAUGACAAUGCCGUACAAUUUGUGGUAUCCGCUAGUUCGAGUGAGAAAGCCGAAAAUUCGGACAUAUUCACUGUGUCAUCGGAUAGUUUCUUAGACACCGAUGUGAACAAUGAUACAGUUACCACGGCCAAAUCGCGGCUGUCGGCUGACUCCCGGUUAUCGGUCGACGACGAAGGUUCUAUAUCCGACGAGUCAACCGCCAACAACGAAAGUAAUUGGCAUUGUCGCUCUUCUCUACGACGCAGCAACAGUAUUGUAGAAGAAGAGACAAAACAACAAAAAGGCUUUCCUUCAGUUGAAGAAUCUGCUGCAUCAACCACCAACAAAUCCGCCGCAACCACUGCCACUACCACUACCACAACGACCAGUAUUUUGGAGCGAACACUAAAGAGUAUGCACUCAACGCGUUCAAAAUUCUUGCGAUCACCGACAUUAGUCAAGGGCACAACAAUCGAUCUGAACCUUCAACCACUUGUUUGUGUACAGAAAAUUGCCGACAAAGAUUUACCACCGCAGAAGCUCUGGAUAAAUAGUCUGGCAUCGUCAACAGUCAAUACCACAACAACAACAACAACAACAACGUCCGACGAUUCCGAUGUGGCAAAACCAAAUAAUCGAAUCAAUUCAUCACCGAAAACCAAGACAUCGCCGCGAAAGUUGCGAAAACCGCGCGGCCGAUGGUAUCGUGAACGAUAACGAGUCACAAACAGGUUCAACUGUAUUGAAAUUUAUCUAACUAUUUAUAAAAAUUCAAUUGCUUAGAAUGUGUUAUUAUCGAUCAUCAAUUAAAUUUUUUUUAAUUCGUUAUUUUGCCCUGUGACUUUCAAAACACGGUGAUUGAUAAUGAUGAUGAUGACGGUAGAAUGGACCGUUUUUAUUGCAUCCAUAGAAUACACACACACACACACCCAGAGAGCAAAUACGCAAAUCUUAGUUUUACUUUUAGUAUUUUUAACAAAACAAUGUUGUCGCGAUUUGUAUUAUCAUUUUUUAAUUGUAAUCUGUAUUUAAGAGGAUAAAAAAAAUUUCAAGCGUUAUAAAUAUUUUCUGAAAUUUAAUGAAAUAAUUUUUUCCCCUAAAAUAAACCUAAAAUUAAAUAGCAUAAUUCGAAUCACACAAAGAAAUGUAGAAGAAAAAGACGAAAAAUUAAGAUAAAAAUUGUCAAUGGAAACUAAAGUAAUAUAUUUUGUAUGCGAAUCUAAGAUUAGUUCAAAAUGAGAGAAAAUAAUAAUAAUAAAGAAAAAAAACAUCUGUGUUGUAAGAAAA